AUGGAAUUCGAGCUUGAUGGAAAGACAGAAAGUGUAACAGUUGACUCAGGUGUUGGAAAAGAAAUUGUGAAGGAAGAAUUGCGUGGAGAUAUUGUUGGAAAUUUAUUCUAUCCGGCAAAGGGCGGAAAAUUUCCCGUUAUCAUUCAUAUCAACGGAGGAAUAAAUCACAUCCAAGACGCAAGAUCAUCUUUAUUGGCUCGAGAAGGCUAUUUAGUCUUGGAGCUCGCCUACAAUGUCCAGGAUUACGGACAGCCAGUAUUAUUUACUCGUGAUGGAAUGCCGUUGGAAUAUGUCGAGCAGGCCAUCAAAACGAUAUUGUCUCACCAAAAAGCUUAUGGAGACCGCGUAGUUCUGAUGGGGCAAUCUCAAGCCGGAAGCACACAGCUUCCCGUCGCAUCAGAACUUACCUACAAGGGCCAACGCUGGCAGAAAAUGGAUGAGUACAUGCAAAUUGAUGAUCUCGCAGAACUAGGAAAAUACUUCAAUUUACCGGAAGAAUUCGGACAAGCAUUUUCGCCAAAAUAUGGAACGUUUGUUGUCUUGCGUGGCCCUGGUGGUUUUCUGUGGAAAGAGAAAGAAGGCAAUGAAGGAGAAUUCGAGCUGAACUAUGAAGCGGCAAAGUCAAUAAAAGAAAGACGAUUCCCUCUUGAAAAUCUCAACAAACUCCAUUUUUUCUCAACCCUUGAUGAUCGAACAAUUACUCCAAGCUUUGACUUAGCAAUAGAACUGAUGGAAUACUUUCUCGGUGAUUUACCGAACUGCCAUGUAGAACACUUUCAUUCUGGUCACUUAGCAGUUCUUCCGGAAAUUCCUGUUGUGCAUUGCUCGAAUAUGAGUUUAGGACAACUUAAAUGCGGGCUCAUUUGGUCAAGUAAUGAGUCAGAAGAAGAAAAGCUAAAGGAAGCUAAUGAAUAUCGAAGCAUACAUAGAAGGGUCAAAGAAAUUCUCCGCGAAAACCUGUGA